CAGUCUCCGUCGGAUCGUUGCGUUGCGAGGUUUUGAAAAUUUCCCGGUUGGUUUCUCUUCGUGGUUUCCCAAGUCGGGAGUGAGGGGGUAAGAAGAGCACAUUUUUUUGUGGGUCAACAUACCUUGGUCCGCGAUCGGUCAGUUUGAGCGAGGGGAGCAAAACGAUUCAGGUGUGCUCCUGGAGUGCGAGCGCGGACGCAUGGUAGCUCGUUGACCACAUGGCCUGCUGCAGGCGCCACACCGGUUUGUGACCUGGCCGGCUGCAACUUGGCGGCCAUCUUGGAUGUGUUUGCAGUGAGGUGCAUGCAGGGAUAGAUUUUGCAACGCAACGGUUUGGAUUGGAUUGACCGUGCCGUGAGGAAUUUCACGAAUUUCAUCACGCAUUGCGGGGAAUGGUCAGUGGAAGACGGAAGACAGACAAAAAAAUACUUUCGAAUAAACAUGUCACCGAGUUGUGCGAUUUGGUGAAUGUUUAAAAUUGCGACCUCACACUCUUAGGGGAGUGUGUCACGGAAAAGCAGGAAGAAAAUCGCACGAAAAACAAUCGUUUGAAAAGUCGCGAAAAUCUUCGAACAUCUCAGAAAAGGUGAACCAUUUUCCACCGUACAAGUGCGUGUGCUGAUGAUGAUUUUCGGGAAGAGAGCGCUCGCGUGAAGUAAAGAUCAACUUCACUUAGACCAUUUAGGCUAAAAAUAGUCCAAAGAAGGGAUAUUUAUAGUUUAAAACAACACACGAACCAAAGUAGAGUCGUGGACGCGUGUUUCGAACCUCCCUGGCUGGCCGUGGACUCCGUCGAGGCCUACGGAGGGAAAAUAAAAGGUGCGCUCUGUGGGUAUCAAAUUUUCGGUUCUGCGGGAAAGUUUCGUACCGAAAUAGUCCGAAAACCAAGCGAGAAAAAAUCACAAACACAAAAAGAGAAAAAUCAUUGCGCCUCGCAUUACAUGCUGUGUUUUCGAUGAAGAGUUGAGUGGAAAUUUCGAGGAAAACAACAACAAAAGCUGGGUGCAAAUUGUGUCGCGUGAAAGGGGAAGAAAAAAAAACACGCGGGUGGAAAACCAAAAUAAAACGCACAAAUCUCAGCCGGUUGAGGCGUAGAAGAACACGCGUUGGCAGGACUGGAGAACGUGUUUUGUGAUAUCGAACGGAGCCGGAGUAGAUCGUCGCGAUGGGUUUGGAGGGGGUCCAGCCGCGCUCGAAUGGGACCAACGGGCUGUACUCGUCGUCACUGCAGUGGUACUAUCUGCCCAACGUGGACCAUUCGAGCGAAUCGAUACAGCCUAAUUCCAAACUAUUUCCCGCACUGUGGAGCCCUUUUCCAACGUCGCAGAGCUGUGACGAUUCCAUCUCUCCCCUGGCCGAUAGUAUUACCGAGCUGUGUGACCAGUUUACCGACCUUACGCUAUUCGGGCUGGGCCGCAACCAAACCCCGAACCAUUCUACGACCCAAAGUCAACUGCUCCAACAACAUCACCAUCACCAUCAUCAUCAGCAACAGCAGCAACCACAGCACAUCGCGCAACCUCUGGCCAGUCCCAGAACCUGUAACGGAUAUUCCAACGGGCUGGAGUGCUUGAACGGACUUGGGAAUGGUUGUAACGGGGCUGGAACUCGCUUGAAUGGGUCGCUUUUGGGCAGCGGAGGGUACACGGCGGAUCAACAUCAUCUUCAACAACAACAUUCGCUGCUGGGGAUCAACGCCGGACAGCAGAACCAAAAGUACAGCAAAAUUCCUCCGGCCAACUAUUUGUGCCACUUGUGCUUCAAGAAGGGCCACUACAUUCGAGAUUGUCCGCAGGCUCGUCCCAAGGCCGAAGGCAAGACGCCGUACCAGGGCAAGAAGCGUUGCUUCGGCGAGUACAAGUGUCCCAAGUGCAAACGGAAGUGGAUGUCGGGAAAUUCGUGGGCCAACCACGGCCAGGAGUGCAUCAAGUGCCACAUCAACGUGUAUCCGCACAAACAGGUUCGUCCCUUGGAGAAACCCGACGGGCUGGACGUUUCCGACCAGUCCAAGGUCCAUCCGCAGCUGCUGUGUGAAAAGUGCAAAACACUUGGAUACUACUGCAGACGAAUCCAGUAGUUGUGAAGAUCAACAUGUCACUACAUUGUGAGAAAAAGGGCCAAUUUAAAAAAAAAGUGUUGUUUUAUCCCUUUUAUGCUAGACUUUUCAAAGACCAUCAUUCUCAAACUCUUUUCCGCGAGCAUUGCUUGAACUUAAACGAAGCUAUAAUUUAUGUUUUAUUUCCCCAUUAUGCAUUCACGACAAUUCAUUUAAGCACAUGAUUUAGUGCAAUUUUAAUCCACGAGGAUAAGGAGAGGAAGAAUGUGCCAUAUUAUAAUUUUCUUUUUAAAUCGAACGAAUAAGCUAAAAAACAAAUUAAAAAAGUACGUCCAGCUGCCAGUUGAAAGAAAGCUAAUCUGUAUAUAGUAAUGUUCUAUCGUGUUCGUGAUUUUUUUUACCUUGUUUGUGCUAUCAAACUCUAUCGAAACCAUUAUAUAUAAUCUUGAACUUUAGAAGGUUUUUUUUUACCGCUGAGCGAAAGAAGAAAGAAGAUUACAGAUUGUUACCGUACUACACCACCAGCAAAGCAACUUUGUGAAAACUAUGUGCCAAAGAAUAUCUUUAUAUUCAACAACGAAACAAUAAAAUGCGAACCAAAUC